GAAAAGCAAGGCCCCAGAACGGAAGUAGCGGGAACUCGGAGGCGGCCGGAACGGGGACCAGUGAGAACGCGGGACUAGCCGGAGCCCGGAAGUGCGGACUAACUCUGCGGUCGUUCCGGAAGCUCAGGUCUCAGCAUGGCUUUGGGAGGAAAGGCACCCAAGAGGAAGAAGGGCCAGGAGCGGAGACAGAGCCCUGAAGAUGGCGUGGGGGACGCGGCCGCCGACUACCAGGUGGGACAGGUCGCCGACAGCCUGCGGGGCGGCCAGAGACUUUCCGAAGGCGCGACGGGGAGGCUGGCCGCUCUCUUCAGCGCCGCGGAGUCACAGGCUGCACCCGUGUUUGUGCCUGUGCCCCAGGAAACUCCUAAGAAAAGAAAACCCGAUGCUGAAGAAGAAAGUACGUCCCAGAUUAAAAGGCCACCUGUGCCAACCCCUGCCAAAAGGAUGAAAGUGAAGAAACUCUCUGAUGCAGAGGAGAGGCUGGCAAGCAGGGAGAGUGCCCUAGCAAGUGCUGACCUAGAAGAAGAGCUUCAUCAAGGGCAGGAAAGGAGAAAGUCUCAAUCUCGUGGUAAAGCAGCAGGUGGAGAAACACUUGGUGUGGCCCUCAGCCACGAUGGAGACCAAAGAAGAAAAAUCCCACUCAACCCUGAAGAAGAGCGGUUGAAAAACGAGAGGACUGUGUUUGUCGGCAACUUGCCUGUCACAUGUAAUAAGAAGAAGCUGAAGUCAUUCUUUAAAGAGUAUGGACAGAUAGAAUCCGUACGAUUUCGUUCUGUGAUGCCAGCAGAGGGAACACUAACCAAAAAGUUGGCUGCAAUAAAACGUAAAUUUCACCCUGACCAGAAAAGCAUCAAUGCGUACGUAGUGUUCAAGGAAGAGAAUGCUGCUGCAAAGGCGCUGCAGAGAAACGGGGCCGAGAUUGCAGAAGGAUUUCGUAUUCGAGUUGAUCUCGCAUCUGAAACCACCUCUAGGGACAAGAGAUCGGUGUUUGUGGGGAAUCUUCCUUACAAAAUUGAAGAUGCUGCUUUGGAGAAACACUUUCUGGACUGUGGGAGCAUUGUGGCAGUGCGGAUCUUGAGAAACCCACUCACAGGCGUUGGCAGAGGGUUUGGCUAUGUGCUCUUUGAGAAUACAGAUGCUGUUCAUCUUGCUUUGAAGUUAAAUAAUUCUGAGCUAAUGGGAAGAAAAUUGAGAGUCAUGCGUUCUGUUAAUAAAGAAAAGCUAAAACAACCGAGUUCAAACCCAAACUUGAAGAAUGCCAGUAAACCUAAGCAAAAAGUUACUUUUUCUUCCAAAAAUGCAGGGUGUUCCAAAAAUGCAUUUAUUGGAGAAAAGGCAGUUCUUACGAAAAAGAAGAAAGGACAAAAGAAAAAAGUAAAAGCAAAGAAACCAAAAAAUCAGCAGUAAAGACAGAAGCUGCUUCCUUCGUUUCUAUGCUGAACACUUGGAAUGAGUGUCCGGGUUUUUUUUACGAAUUGUGUGGAAAAUGUGGAGACUCACACAGUGGUGUUUUGUACUCAUAUGUAAGGCUUUUUUUUUUUUUUUAAGCAUUAUUCUUAGAUAUGAAUUUACAGAAAAUAAUAAACAUUAAUACUGGUUACUGUGGGAACGCCGAUUCCAGAUGUGGCUGUGAAAGCCCAAGACAGACUGUGAGCUGUCAGUAAUAGACGCCCAUCUCUUCCUAUCUCGUUCCAGCCAUCUCAGAAUUGCUAACCAACAAGAACACCCAGAAGUGUGACUGACUUCUAGGCCAUGGCCAGCAACUAACGUGGUUGGUUAUUAAUGUCCUUGAUAGGCUGGCUAUAAAGCUGGUUUCACAGGGGUCACUCGGAAUGAAAUGGCUGUCCCAGAAAGUUUAAAGACAUUUCCCAAUGAAUUAUGGUAAUUGAAUCACAGAUUUUAAAGGUGAACGAUAGGACAACACGGGCUGCACCCUCUAGGGGCUUGGCCUGGUUACAGCAAUGAUGCAGAUGUCACCAAGCCAAGGCUGGGUCCAGGAUGGAGAACUGUGGGGAGGUAUAAGCCAAGGUGGCUGUCUACAGAAAACACACUCUGUCACUUAGGUAGACACUCGUUUAGUUUUCAGAAUUCUGUCUUUGGACAGUGCCAUGUAGAAAACCUAAUGGGGUGUCAGAACAUAGCUCUAGAGGCUGGGGAGAUGGCUUCUUGGUUAAGAGCAUGCACUGCUCACGCUUCCAGAGAACCUGAGUUCAAUUCCUAGCACCCACCUCAAGUAGUUCACAACUGCAUAUAACUGUGCACAGACAUACACAUACAGUUAAAAGUGUAGUUCUUAGGGAAAGCUCCAUUUCCUGUGGCCAAGUCUGGAUAGUUUAUGCUUUGUUUCCCUUACCGUGCUCACAACCCUUUCAGUUAAAUCUCAGCAAUGUUACUUGAUCAUUUUAAGCAUUCUGCCUAAAUUAUAUAAAGAUAGAUUGUGUGUUCAUAUAUGAUCUGUGUGCAUACAUGCAUACUUUGACUCCCGUGAGUGAACAGCUUAAAGCAUAGUAGAUAUUGUAUAUACAUAUAUUGUAGAGGACUGGCCUCGACAAAAAUACCUCUUGCCAGGGUAGGGGCGUGGGAAUUGAAGAAAUGUAAGUAAAGAAUAUGAAGAUGCAUAAGAAUAAUAAGACAGGGCUGGAGAGAUGGCUCAUUGGUUAAGAGCAUUGCCUGCUCUUCCAGAGGUCCUGAGUUCAGUUCCCAGCGACCACAUGGUGGCUCACAACCAUCUGUAAAGAGGUCUGGCGCCUUCUUCUGGCCUUCAGGCAGACAGACAGAAUAUUGUAUACAUAAUAACUAAAUAAAUAUUUAAAAAAAAAAUAAGACAGAAAACAAAGUGUUGGGAGGGCAUUCCAGUGACUGAAAUCCUCUGUGUUUAUUUUUUCACAGUUUGUAUACCCAACAUAAAUGGGGGUGAGGGAAGCAGAUAACAAAGGACUUUAUUAACCUGAUACAAAGGAUGACUCACACAGCCAAUGGCUUUAUCACUCUGAGACAUCCAGUCAUUAGCAUUCUGUUGUCUAGGUAGCAAAGGUGCUCUAGAUCACAUGCUGACAAUUACCUUUCCUCAGCAGUUUCUUUCUUAGUUGCAAAGAAGGAGCAGAAAGUAGACUUGCAAAUCCUGACCACCUGUCAGGGUGGCAUGGAGCUAUCUUAAUUUCAAGAGAACCAAGCAAUCACAUCCUGAGUUAGGACAGACAACUAUGGCCUGUCGAUCUCCAGACUCUGACGGUCAGACAAGGUGGAAAUGGGCCUGCAUCAUGUGGACGUAGGUGGAUGCGUGCACAGCUUACACAGAGCUCUGAGAACUCGAGCUCUCUUCCACAGCGUGCACUUCUAUUCACAGCCAGCUCACAGGCCCAGAUGUUUCGGAAUUUGUUAAUGUGUACUUGCUGAACUCUCCUUUCACAAACAGAAUAUGUGUGUGGUACUUACUGUUUAAAACAUGAAAAAAAAAGGAUUUUGUAGAACAUUUUCCGUAGACGCUCUGUAACCUUUCAACUUGGACAAAUACUUGCCUUGUUAUAUCUGGGUAAAUACUUACAGCCACAGGACUAUGAGUGGCCAACAGUGGUUAGAAGUUGGUUUUUAGUUAUAAUAAAAAUACUGGAUGGGGGCUGGAGAGAUGGCUCAGUGGCUAAGAGCACUGACUGCUCUUCCAAAGGUCCUGAGUUCAAUUCACAGCAACCACAUGGUGGCUUACAACCAUCUGUAAUGAGGUCUGGUGCCCUCUUCUGGCUUUCAGGCAUGCACGCAGAAAGAAUAUUGUAUACAUAAUAAAUAAGUUUAAAAACAUA